UUUCAAGGGGUCGGCAGAGCCGUGUUCCUUCCAAAGACUCCGGGGAAGGAUCUGUUCCCUGCCUCUCCCGGCUGCGGGUGGCUCGCAGCCAUGCUUGGCAGUCCUUGGCUUGUGGAUGCAUCACUCCGGUCUCUGCCACUGCUGUCACGUAAAAUGUCUGUUCCGGGAUCCUACCAGGCGGCCGCUGGGCCUUCCUCGGUGCCAACCGCGCCCCCAUCCUACGAAGAGACGGUGGCUGUUAACAGUUACUUCCCGAUGCCUCCUGGCCCGGUGCCGGGGCCGACCACAGGGCUGGUGACGGGCCCGGAUGGCAAGGGCAUGAAUCCGCCUGCCUACUACACGCAGCCAGUGCCCGUCCCCAAUGCCAAUGCAAUUGCUGUGCAGACCGUGUACGUCCAGCAGCCCGUCUCCUUUUUCGACCGUCCGGUCCAGAUGUGCUGUCCUUCCUGCAACAAAAUGAUCGUGACUCAGCUGUCCUAUAAUGCCGGCGCCCUCACCUGGCUCUCCUGUGGGAGCCUGUGCCUGCUGGGGUGCAUAGCGGGCUGCUGCUUCAUCCCCUUCUGUGUGGACGCCCUGCAGGACGUGGACCACUACUGUCCCAACUGCAAAGCUCUCCUGGGCACCUACAAGCGUUUGUAGGACUCGGCCAGACCCGGAGGGAGCUGUACGCUGCCGGAAGUGCUCUCCGACUCUCACCCCGUCCUGCCCUGGUGGGAGUGGUGUCCCACUCUCCAGGGUCUUCACCUUCGUGUCUUCUUUUGGGGGAAAAAUAUCGCAAAAGUAACACACCUCCAAAACCCCAGAGGUCGCUGCUUGGAGUCAUGCACGGGACCUGCAAAGACAUUCACCCCGAGUGCUGGUUCCCGCCUCCGGUGACACCAGGCCACCCCACGGAACUGGGACCGUUGCCCCAUUGGGAUCUUCCAGUGAUUGGCCACCGGCCAGCUU